AUGUCCAGCGCAAGGCAUUGGGAACAAGACAAGGAGGCUACGGUGUAUAUUGGCAACCUCGAUGAACGGGCCUCGGAUAGCCUGGUAUGGGAACUGAUGCUGCAGGCCGGGCGCAUCGUCAAUGUUCAUUUGCCUAAAGAUCGUGUCACCCAGCUACACCAGGGUUAUGGGUUUGUGGAGUUUAUCAGUGAGGAGGAUGCCGAAUAUGCUUCGAGAAUCAUGAACAGUAUCCGCCUCUAUGGGAAACCCAUUCGUGUGAACAAAGCCUCCGCCGACAAGCAGAAAUCCGUGGAAAUUGGCGCAGAGCUUUUCGUUGGAAAUCUCGACCCCAUGGUCACCGAGCAGGUGCUCUAUGAUACAUUUAGUCGAUUCGGGAAUUUGGUCAAUUUUCCUAAGAUUGCCCGCGAUGACAACAACCUCUCCAAGGGCUAUGGCUUUGUGUCAUUUGCUGAUUUCGAGUCUUCAGACGGGGCUACAGCCAAUAUGAAUGGCCAAUACCUGAUGAACAAACAGGUCUCGGUGCAGUACGCAUACAAAAAAGAUGGCAAAGGCGAAAGACACGGCGAUGAGGCGGAGCGAAUGCUGGCGGCACAGGCUCGCAAGCAUAACGUUCGGCCACCAACCCAGCAGCUCCCGCCACCUCAGUUCCCGGGUAAUGGCCCUGGUCUGUCGGCAACACCGACGGUGAUGUCCAACGGUGAUAGCUCUCGCCCAGUAAGCACUGGGCCACCACAAGCUCCUGAUAUUGGCAUGAGCAGAGGCAUGUCCGCCCCUAUGGGCUAUGUAAACAUGCCUCCAUCUCAAAAUAAUCGGACUGUUCCCCCCCCGCCCCGUCCCUCGCUACUCCGCCGCCUGGUCUUCCAGCUCGGCCCCCUCCGUCCCAAGCCGGCUAUGGUGGCCCACAGUCCUUUCUACCGCCAGGGCUUAAUAAUGUUGGCCAGCAGCCAUCUUUUGCGCCAGCUCCUCCGCCUGGGUUCGGAGCCCCAGGGUUCGGUCCUCCAGCAGGUGCCCCUCCGUUGCCACCGGGCUUUCAGCAGGCGAGCUAUGGAAAAUAGUCGUUGA